UCAUAUUAUCAGAUUCCUAAUCGCAGUGCAUCCAAAGAUCGCGAUGAGUACGGACAUACAGGAGUACAGCCCCGACGAAGGCAACUCUAAGGAGAAACGCGAAAGCCACAAUGAAGUCGAAAGACGUCGUAGAAAUAAAAUGGCUGUAUUCAUAAACGAACUGGCAGACUUCGUGAAGAAUAAGAAAGUGAUGAUAAGAAGGCCGGAAAGAGUGAACGUGCUGCAGUGCGCUUCAGACCUUAUGCGUGAGUACUCGCAGAAGGACUUCAAAGACUUCUUCCUUACAAAGAAGGAAUUCAAUUCGGUCGUUUUUGAAGUGACCAACGGAUUUGUGCUUGCCAUUGACUGUACCACAGGGAUAAUCUUCAGAUAUACGCAGGGCGAUCAAACGUUCAUGCAGAACGAAGCUUGGAUUGGUACCAAUAUAUUCAAUCUUGUUCAUACCGAGGACCACGAAGUCCUUAGAGAGCAGUUACUUCCAGAUUCCAAGAACCAUUUUUUGGAUUUGAAAACAGGGACUGUGAGGAGGGAGGACAGCGUACCGCAGUACAGAGACGCGAUCCGCUCCAAACGGAACUUCAAGUGUCGCAUAAAAACUUCUAAUUUCGGAUAUUCCAUCGUCAACUGCAACGGAUACAUUCUGAACAACAACACCGAGAAGCAGCCAAACGAUCAGCUAAUAGUUUUCGGAAAAAUAAUACCUGUAGAGACAAAUGAGAGGGAGCAUUCCAUUCAAGAUUCAUUUGAAACAGUUCUCAAUGUAAAUGGAGUCAUUACGAAUGUAACCGGAAAUUUGCUGAACGACCUGGGAUACAAUACGGACAGAAUAGUUGGGCUUAACUUUUUGAAGUUCGUCCAUCCUUUCGACAAGCAGAAGUUCCUGAAUUAUUUUCAGCAACUUUUACAGAACAAAGGUAAAGAAUUUUCGACCUCUUAUCGUGUGCUAGGUAUCAUCGGGCAAUACGCUAUGGUUCACUGCGAUGGAGAGUCCUACAUUAAUCCCUUCACCGAUGAAAUCAAGUUUAUCGUGUGUAAAAAUUUUAGGGUCGUAGAUCCAUCCGUAACGGUCCAAAAACCAGCGGAUAAAGUUAUUGAAAAUCCUGUGAUUCCAAACGUGCAAGUGCAUUCACCUAUACAGGAAGCUCCAGUUUUCAACGAGAUUAAUAAUUGUAAUAAUCAAACGACUUUGGGUACACAAAUGAAUACUCCGAAUUAUCAUCUUCAUCAGCAAUUCAAUCCAAACAGAAAUUAUCAGUACCAAGUGGAAAAUCAAAACGCGAUGUUACAAAAACAAUACUUUGAAAAGCUGCAACAGCAGCAACAACAACAUAAGCUGCAGCAACAACAACAGAACACUUUACGCGUAGAAACCGAUGAAUCCUCUUAA